AUUAAUUCGGAAAAUCUCUAACAUGAAUUAGGUGUUGGAAAAAAUCCCGUCAUCAUCAUCCCAUUCCUAAGCAUCCUGUAACUGUUACAAGUUUUGUCCUGUCAUGGCGUCAUCGGUGCCUCGGUGGUAUAGGGAAGCUCCAGCGAUAACCCUAGCCGCCUCUAAUCGAUUUCGCUGGACCAUGGCAACUCCCCUUCCGCAAGAAUGCCCCCAAGCGUCUUGUGGAGCAACGGUAAUCGGAAUCCAAAAGAUUCAUCCUUCUCUAGAUGAACUCUCAAAUCUUCAAUUCGGGCGACACAAGGUAUGUAUCGCCGUAAAGAUUCUAGCGGCUUGCACUUCACAAAAGGCAGACCUCCAAUGGAGGUCGUCCGUAAGUUUCUCAAUUCACUUGACUUUGAUUCUCUUAUGACGAGGUACACCUUCUAGUAUUUUUCUUUUAAUUUUUCGAGUACUUUUGAAAUUCAAAGUUACUGUUCAUUGUCUUCCUUCGGCGAUUUCAAACGGCAUCAGGCCUUGAGCCCCUUCUGUGAUAACGAAGUUUAGACACAUGACUCGCUUUGUUAAAAAUUGAAACACAUGAGUCUAUCGGAAAACGGGCACAACCACACAUUCUUUCCCGUACUUUUCCGGUUUUCCCAAGUAUUUUUGUAAAAUUUAUAAUUCUCAUACAAGUAUAAUAACUAAAAUUAUUGUCUAAAUUCUAUCGUCAUUUUGACCCAAGAAGUCAAUAUAAACGGUAUGUUUUUAGAGGCAAGGUAGUGUAUUCUUGUAAUAGAAUAGAUAAUGAGUAAAUCCAGGACUGGAUUUAAAAGGAUCCAAACAUUUCCACUGCACCAGUUGUCAGUUGAUAUGUAUUGCCAAGUGCGGUGAAAUAGGAAAAGUCGCACUUUUUUUGAUGGGAUAGGGAUCAUUAAAGACACAUCACUUGGAUGCAAUGUCAAAUGGAUUGGCAAUUAACGUCUGUGCUAAGAAAGCAUUAGAUGUAUUUGAACAAAUGAAAAGUAGUGGGUGGAAACCGAAUAGCAUAACCAUGGUAGCCAUUGUUUCAGCUUGCAACCAUGGAUGUUUAGUUGAAGAAGGGAACGGAUGGUUCAAACCAAUGGAGAAAUACGAGUUCACUCCCAAUGAAAGAAGCUGAAUGCUAGAUUGAUUGAGUGCUUCAUGCCAUACGAGCUAGGCCAGUUGGAUAACACUCGGUUCCUUUCGAUCUAUUCACGCGUGGAUAUGCUAAAGAUGUGAGGAAGGCGGAGAAGGUGAAAGAUAAGGCGAUUGAGAUGGAGCCGUGGAAUGAUGGAAUAUAUGUAAUGUUAAGGAAUUUGAAUGUGAGAGAGGGAAGAUGGAUGGAUGUUAAAGAAAUGAAGGGAUUGAUGAGAGAAAUGGGGGCAAAGAAAGAGGCAGCUUGAAUGAAGUAGAGGGUAAGGUUUGGGAAUAUGAAGCCGCAAGUGGUAUGGUGAAUCAUCAUUUAGAGGAGAUUUAUUUACUAAAUCCGCCUUUAGUUGGUGUAUUCAAUUGGUUGUCGACAACCACUAAUCAUUCUUUAAGGUCCUUCCAUAACUGUUAAUGCAUUUAGUUGCUAAAAAAACUUAAAAAACAUUUAAUUGAAGUUAUUACCCUAAAUAGGAGUAAAAUAGUAAGAAAGUUCCAAAAUAGGAGUUCCUAAUGAUUUAUUUCCUGAAUGAGAGCUAUUAAUUGACUGCUCCCAUUUUUUUCUUAAAGGAAAAUAAAGUUAUAAAUAAAUAUCAAACGAACCAAAAGUUACAAAGAACCAAUAGUUAAAAACGCUCCACCUAUCUUCCAACAAACUCCAUCUACACUCGAUCAAGAGACGCCCUUAAUUAGAUCAGAUGCUGAGAUGGUCACACCCAAAGAAGUAGCACGAAUCGCUAACCACCAAAUGGGCAACAUAGAGUUCCACUUAUACCCUUUGUACACCACAUCUGGUGCAGUAAUAUAUUGAUAUACAGUUGUACUCCUACGUGUAGCAUUUGUCAAUAAAUAAACCAGACUUUCAUUAAUGGUACUUUUGUGUACUCCUACGGAACAUUAAGGUCUUAUGUUUGCACUUUUGUCAUCUUUUAGUCUUAGUUAGAGAAUUGUCUCAUUUAAUUGCUAUAAAUGGGACCGUAAUAUGUAGAGGCAAGAUAUAGUGAUUUAUGUUUUCCCUUUUUCCAUAAUCCACAUAAUUACUUAAGAAUGUAUUACGUAUUGCGGACUCCUUAUUAUUAGGAAUAUUAUUUAUGUUAUUCUUGUUUAGUUAUUCAGUCCGUGUUGGACUUAUUUAGCAAGAUAGAUUAAUUUCAAUAGGACUCUGUUUCGUUUUGGACCUAUAAAUGUAUGGCUCGGCAGAUAUAAUAAAGGGGGAGAUGGUUGGACAGUGAUUUUCAUGGUAUCAGAGCCUGCGCUCAAUUGAGCGUGAAUACGACGUAAAUAUGUCCAAUGAAAAAGAUAGUAGCGAUAGUGAUGAUGGCGACGCUGCUCCUAAGAAAAUAGAUUACACCUCGCCUUUCUUCCUCGGACCACAAGACCGACCCGGAGACUAUAUUACUCCGGUACGUCUUAAUGGUGAAAAUUACGAUGAAUGGGCCGGAUCAGUUCGUUUAGCGCUGCGUGCACGACGUAAAUUCGUGUUUGUUGAUGGAACCAUUCUCACAUAUGAAGAUCAAUGUACAGAAGAUGAUUGGAUGACCAUACAUUCAAUGCUUGUUUCUUGGUUGAUGAACGUGAUUACACCAGAUGUUCGACGCACACUUUCUCAGUACGAGGAUGCCAAGCUUCUGUGGGAUGAUUUGAAAGAAAGGUUUGCUGUUGUUGAUGGACCAAAAAUUCAUCAACUAAAAGUGAAUAUCGCAAGAAGUGAGCAGAAUGCGUCCAUGACCAUCGGAAAUUACUACGGUCAGCUAAAGGUUUGGUGGGAUGAACUUAACAAUUACGAACCUUUGCUGACAUGUAAGUGUGGUAAAUGUACGUGCAAACUUGGUGAACAACAUGCUAAACGAAGGGAAAACGAGAGGUUUCAUCAUUUCAUGAUGGGGCUUUCCUCGGAAUUGUAUGGACAGUUGCGGUCAACGUUACUUUCUCAAGUACCUUUGCCCAAUUUGAAUAGAGCUUAUCACCAGGUUGUUCAGGAAGAAAGGGUACGUACUACCGUACAACGAAAGGAAGAAAAACAAGAUGUUAUGAGCUUUGCAGUUAAUACCCAGAACCGAAGUCCAAGGAAGGCAAUACAAAAUGACAAAUCUGGUCUGGUGUGUACUCAUUGUAAAUUUCCGGGCCAUGAGGUAACUGGCUGCUUUCAGCUCAUCGGUUACCCCGAAUGGUGGGGAGAUCGUCCACGGGGUAAUAGUAAGCAUGCCGGGAAGGGAAAAACUUCUGCCGGAAGAGGGAAUACAUCUGUACAAGCACAUGCAACGGCAACAACUGAGCAGUCUGGAUAGAUCACUCCAGAUCAAAGGAAUAACAUUCAAACUCCUUCACUCGCGCUUCCGAGUUUUACCGCUGAACAGUGGAAAGCCUUGACAGCAGCAUUCGGUAAUACAAACUCACAUACUGACCGUAUGACAGGUAAAUUUAAUCCUUCUUUAUGGAUACUUGAUACCGGAGCCACGAAUCAUGUCACCGGUAAUAUUGAAUAUUUAACAAAUGUGUCCACUGUUCGAGAUUGUCCAGUAAAUCUGCCCAAUGGUCAGAGUGUGAUAGCGACAAAGGAGGGCACCGUAAUUCUGUCUGAUGCAAUCUCUCUGACAAAUGUUCUUUAUGUGCCAAAUUUGUGUUGUAAUCUGAUUUCGGUGUCUCAGCUUACGGAUGAUAUGGAAUGUUUUGUUCAAUUUGUCACUAAUAUUUGUGUUAUACAGGACCAACGCUCGAGGAGGCUGAUUGGAACGGGUGAAAGGCGGAAUGGACUGUACUACUUUAAGGAAGUUCCAAAACAGUGUGUGGUCAAUGGGAUUGAAGUCUCCGCUGAUUUAUGGCACAAACGUAUGGGACACCCUUCAGAGCAUGUACUCAAAACAAUUCCCUUUGUUAGAGAUCGUGUUACUUCACCUUGUGAUAUUUGUUUUCGUGCUAAACAAACUCGUCAUUCUUUUCCUUUAAGUGAUAAUAAAGCUUUAGCUAUGUUCGAUUUGGUUCAUUUGGAUUUGUGGGGGCCUUAUCAAACUGUUUCUACUAGUGGUGCUAAAAGUUUUCUCACUAUUGUUGAUGAUUUCUCCUGUGCCGUUUGGAUUUAUUUGUUGAUGGACAAAAAGGAAGUGUAUGCCCAAUUCAUGUCUUUUAUUGCUAUGGUGCAAUGUCAAUUUUCUAAGAAAAUACAACGUGUCCAAAGUGAUAAUGGAACGGAGUUUUUUGGCCUUAAAAAAUAUUUUCAUCACCAUGGAAUUAUUUUUGAAACUUCUUGUGUGGGGACACCGCAACAAAAUGGGAGGGUGGAACGUAAACACAGGCAUAUUUUAAAUAUUGCACGUGCUUUGCGUUUCCAAGGCAAUUUACCUAUACAAUUCUGGGGAGAGUGCAUAUUAACUGCUGGAUAUUUGAUUAAUCGCACUCCCUCAAAAAUAUUGGAUGGAAAAACUCCUUUUGAGAUGUUGUAUAAUCAAGCUCCUCGUUAUGAUAAUAUACGGAUUUUUGGUUGUUUAUGCUAUGCUCAUAAUCAACGGACCAAGGGUGAUAAGUUUGCUUCCAGGAGUCGUAAAUGUAUAUUUUUAGGCCACCCUUUUGGAAAAAAAGGUUGGAGAUUGUUUGAUCUAGAAACUUCAGAGAUAUUUAUUUCACGUGAUGUUAAGUUCUUUGAAAACAUAUUCCCCUUUUUCGACUCCAAUGCACGAUCUACACCAAAUAUUUCCUUGGAUGAUACUUUGCAUAUUCCCUCCACUGAAGUGUUUGAGUUGACCUAUGAUACUCCUCCUUACCCGGAAGCAUUAAGUUCUACACCUCCUAUUGCUUCUACAGUACCUGCUAGUGUUCAGCCGCCUACUUCAGAAGCCACCCAUGCUGCGCCAGACUCACCACUAAUUGAGGUUCCACUUCGACGCAGUGAACGAACCAAGUUGCCAUCUGUAAAGCUAAAAGACUACGUGACACACACUGUGCUUCCUCAACGUCCACCUGCUUCUCACUCGAACCAACAGUUAUCCUCAGGUAAUCCUUUUCCUAUAACACAUUAUAUUACGUGUGACAAGUUUUCUUCCAAACAUGUGCAGUUUCUUGCUGCUGUUACUAGUGGUCGUGAACCACGUACCUUUCGCGAAGCCAUGAGUGACCCAGGCUGGCGCCAAGCCAUGCAAACUGAAAUUAAAGCAUUGGAAGAUAAUGGAACCUGGGAGUUGACAGCUCUUCCUUCUGGAAAGAAAGCUUUGGGGAGCCGAUGGGUAUACAAGAUAAAAUAUCACGCUGAUGGUAGAAUUGAACGUCUUAAAGCUCGUUUGGUGGUGCUCGGGAAUCAUCAGGUAGAAGAUGAAGAGGUGUACAUGAAAUGUCCUCCGGGUUUCUCUGUCUCCUCCAAUCAGGUGUGUCGCUUGCGUAAAUCUCUCUAUGGAUUAAAACAGGCCCCUCGAUGCUGGUUUGCAAAAUUGGUGGCUGCUCUUCAUGCGUAUGGGUUUGUUCAAUCUUGUGCUGACUAUUCUCUUUUUACGUGUUCCCGGGGUGGGACACAAGUAAAUGUGCUAGUUUACGUGGACGAUUUAAUUAUUUCUGGCAAUAAUUCUACUACAAUUUCCAUGUUUAAGAAUUAUUUGCAUUCAUGUUUUCACAUGAAGGAUUUGGGUGUGCUCAAAUAUUUUUUGGGCAUUGAAGUUGCUCGUAGCCCGGAUGGAUUAUUUCUCAGUCAACGUAAAUAUACGUUGGAUAUUAUCACUGAAUCAGGGUUGCUAGGUGCCAAACCUGCUGCCACGCCUAUUGACAUUAAUCAUUGUUUGGCUCGGUCCAAUAGUGAUCUCCUGGCCGACCCGCUGCCAUAUAGACGAUUACUUGGUCGUCUGAUUUAUUUAGCCGUGACACGGCCUGAUUUAUCCUACUCUAUUCAUCUUUUAUCCCAGUUUAUGCAGAGUCCUAAAACUGACCAUUGGUUGGCUGCUCUACGUAUUGUUCGCUAUUUGAAAGGGACACCCGGUCAAGGAAUUUUGCUUCGAUCCGAUAGUGCUCUUUCUCUCACUGGAUGGUGUGAUUCCGAUUGGGCAGCUUGUCCCAUUACUCGCCGGUCUAUUUCAGGAUGGAUUGUUUUCCUGGGUCAUUCUCCUAUUUCAUGGAAAACCAAGAAACAAGUCACGGUUGCACGUUCUUCGGCAGAAGCUGAAUAUCGUUCUAUGGCUGCAGCUACUUGUGAAUUGAAGUGGCUCAAAGCUUUACUCUUGAGUCUGGGAGUUCAUCACCCCCAAACCAUUCCUCUCUUAUGCGAUAGUCAGUCUGCUCUUCAUAUUGCACAAAAUCCAGUUUUUCAUGAACGUACUAAGCAUAUUGAAAUGGACUGUCAUUUUGUUCGUGAUGCCAUUCAGGACCGCCUUAUUGCUCCUUCUUAUGUUCCCACCACUUAUCAGCUCGCAGAUAUUUUUACCAAAGCAUUGGGGAAGACUCAAUUUCAGUUUCUACUCCGCAAGUUGGGCAUUUGUAAUCCUCAUGCUCCAACUUGAGGGGGGGUAUUACGUAUUGCGGACUCCUUAUUAUUAGGAAUAUUAUUUAUGUUAUUCUUGUUUAGUUAUUCAGUCCGUGUUGGACUUAUUUAGCAAGAUAGAUUAAUUUCAAUAGGACUCUGUUUCGUUUUGGACCUAUAAAUGUAUGGCUCGGCAGAUAUAAUAAAGGGGGAGAUGGUUGGACAGUGAUUUUCAGAAUGAUAAUUUAAUUAAUUUGACAAUGACAGUAUCGAAGAAUGUAAAAGAAAUGAGACACUUAGAGGGUGUUUGGAUCUGAUUCUUAAAACUGCUUCCGUUCCUUCAGGAAGCAGAAGCAGAAGUUGGAGUGUUUGGACGAAAGUGCAGAAGUGAUUCUACAUGCAUUAGAUACAACUUAACAUUGAAAACAUUACUUAACAAAGUCCGCCCGUAUAACGUGACUGGAUCUUGAUGUGAUUAUGUAUUACGUAGUUAGAACAUCAUUAGAUAGAGAUUUGAUCUUCCUUCAUUUCACUUGGCAGGCUGCGAUGGAGAUUUGGAGCACAAGUCGCAGCACCACAUUGUGGGAGCACCAACCAAAUACCAAAAUAGAUCGUCCAUGCUGCAUGUUUAAGCAAUCCAAAUCACAUAAUCCACGUUAUUUUGGCAACAAAGGUAGGGAGUUGAUGAACUGUUAUGUACAAAUGUGUGUCAAGUCUGUACAAAUUUUGUAUACACAAAAAAUUGUUGUAUAUAUGUUGCUUACUGACAAUAUUUCCAACAUGCACUACACCCCCUUGACUUGCUUUGCAUGAAACAAUACUUUUUUUCCCCCAAUGUGGAGUUUGUUGUGGGAUAACCUUCAAUUUUGCAGUCCAAAAAAAG